AUGCAUCAAAACCCCAUGGGAGGCACCCUCGGAAUCCAUCCCGCCUACGCCCGCCAGCGCGCCCUGCCCGUUCAGAACUACAGAUCCCGGCGUGCCCCGCGGCACAGACCGCGCAGUUCUAGAGCCCCGCGCCCGCCCCGCUCACAACUACAGCUCCCGGCGUGCCACACGGCGCCCCCGCACUCUCGCUCAACCCCCGCCUUCCCGCGAAAGCCCAUGGGAGCUGCAGUCCGAGCCCAGGGGCGCCGCCUGCUGGCCGUGCACCGCGUUCCGGCCACGCUGCCCGGCUCCCUCCGCGGGAGGCGGCGCCCGCGCUGUUUGCGAACGCGGCGAGUCCCGCUCGGCGCGGGACGAGGAGAGCGCGGGCGAUGCCUCUGCCGGGGAGCAGAGCCGGCGGCCCGGCCCGGGGCCGGAGCAGGGGGCGGCCCCUCCUCCUGCAAGGCCGGGCAGAAGAGCCGCUGCCCGCACCGGGCAUGGCGGCCGCGGCGCCGGAAGCUUCCCCGGAAGCCGUCCCGUCGCUCCCGUGAUGCCCCGCGGCGGCGCCCAUCCGAGUCCCGCCGCCCACCGAGCAGGAGGAGACCGCGUCCCGCUCUCGGCGGCUUCUCCCCGGCCCUGGAUGGCCGCGGGGCCAAGCGCCGGCGGAGCGAGCCGGGGAUGGCGUGUCCUUCGGUGCGGGUGUCGUUCCCGGGCGCCGUGAGCCGGGAGAGCGGCUGCCGCUUCGCCCGCGACCUCCUCAAGCACGUCCUGUACCAGCGGCAGCAGCUCCCGCUGCCCUGCGAGCGGCUCGGCUGCUUCUGCCGCCGGGAUGAAGAUGCGAGUAAGAAGCCACCCUCCCUAGAGCGGGCAAGCAAGAAAUGGGAGCAGCUGCUGACAGACCUAGAGGGACUGUUCCGGCACAUGGAAGUAAUGUUCAGUUUGACACGGGUUCCUCGGGUUCUAUUUCUACUUGGAGGCACUGUUAUGAGCCCCAGGGAGUUCUAUGAACUCAACUUGGAGAGUAUCUGUGAGGGCAGUGCUGAGGAGAGCCUGGAACCUGCCUCCUGUGUUCGCAAGCUUUUUCGCUCCCUCUUUGUUGCGGAUGUCUUCAGUGAACUUGACGACCUGCCUGUGACCUGCCUGUCGUGGGCACUGUUGUCAUGCUCCAGGGGCACCGCAGUUGUGGUGAUGACUGGUUCCAGCCCAAGCUCAACUAUAAAGUGCUGACAUGAGGGAGGAAACUGACCGUGAACUUGUCCUGUGAUGGAGGUAUCGACAUAAGCGCUUCACCUCAUCAGCCUCUGGCUUCUACUUGGGAGGACUAUGUCUGGUUUCAAGCACCGGUGAUCCUCAAAGGCUUUUGAGAAUGACCUGUGCUCUGUGGAACUCUAGUGGAAUAUUGAAUGAGCUUUGGGGAUGCUUUAAGGGACACUGACUUUAUCAAAUGUAACCGCAUAUUCUUGUCUGUUUGGGUCUCUUCUUCAGGGCAUCUGCUGUCUUCCUACAGCUCGACCCUGUUCCUCUGCCUUCACCUCUGGAAUUGUUGUUGAAAGCAAAUACCCGUUAAGGUACAGCCGCACCUUCACCACGCUCCCCCCACACCCCCCCUAAGUGAUUCUAUAGGGACCUGAGUUGUGGCACAGGAGAUGAAUUGCUGUGGGGGGAGUAAAAGUUUCCUCUUGUGUGCUUACUGAAUUGGCAAAUACUGGAGACAGUCUUCUCUGUCCUGGCUGUUUCUCUGGUAACAAGUACUAUGUUAGCUGAUUGUUUGGGGCUCUAGAUAGUGUGUUUGAAUACACUUGGCCUUUGCCAUCAAGGCCAUCACUGUUCUUUGUCUCUCCUGCUUCUGUAAAAGGAGAACUUUCCCUGCAGGCUGAUCAGGCCUGAGCACUCAAGAGUUUGCCCUGUAAAUCCUUUCAGUUACUUACUAAUCCAAAGAGUGGGACUGGGAGGUCUCAUACCUAGCACCGCGUUUACUGGUGAUGAGAAGAGGUGGAGCAGCCCUGUGGAGGCAGGGAAUUGCAUCUUCCUGGUUUUUUUCCUAACCUUUAGUCCAAGAGCCCUGACAAUCAGUUAGAUACACCGUUACAAUUAAAAGUAAGCAGUUCCUGCUCUAACCCUCUUCAGAGGAAGCUGGGACACCUGCCUCAAUAUCCCAGUUUAUGUUUCCUUAAAACAACAACAACAACAAUAAAGUCGAUUUCUUGUUUACUUUCACCUCUUAGAAGUCUUAGACUCUAAAUGUUUCUGACAGGUGAGGAAGAGGGGAGUGUGAUCAAAUUCAGCAUUGGCUUUACCUGUCAGAUUCCCCUUCCGAGUCCGAAUGUAUUCCCUGGAAGCAGAACACGAGCCUUUCCUUCUGGCCUGGUGUCUGACACAAAGUGGAGGAGGAGGGUGUAGGGCACGGUGUGUCAGGACUAGACAGUUGCUGGAGGCCUCUUCAGUCAGCUGGGUACGCCUGUAGCCUAAGGAGCUUAAUGGCUCCAAUAACUGUCCCGUUUAAAGAGAACCUGGAGCCUACUGGUAGCGAGGUUGCUUGGAGUUUCUUGCUAGCAAGAACUGCAGGGUGGGGUGGUGAAAGUCCUUUGAAAGGAGAGUAAAGGUUGAAGUAACCCUCUGUGCUUGGUGCCUAAUUUAACUCUGGCCUUUUGGAACGAAACGGGACUAUAGAACUAGGAGGAAAGGUAGUUGAUAUUUUUGAGCUUGGAGAACACUGGGAGUGCUGUCUCUGCCUUCUUAUGCGUUAGCAGCUGUUUACGACGUGUAGUAACUGCUAAAGCUGGCUCUGGAGGAGAAACUGCUAGAAUGCAGAAGGCUGCUGUGUGUGCAGCUGCCCACUUGACUGUGUACUUGCAGGUCUCAUAAAUGAAAUGUGACCUGAAUGUAGCGUGUGUGCAGGAGAUGAAAACCCUUCCCAAUUCCACCCAAGCUGUUUGUAAUGCGUAUUUCCAGAUGCUAACGCUCAAGCAUUUAAAGAAGGUUUUGAGCAGAAGCCUUAGCUCUGCAGAACAAGGGGCCAGUUCCUUUCUCCUCACUUCCCCAACCGAAUACGAUGUUACUGUGGUGAACUGUUGACAUAUUCUGUUCUAGUUGAACAAUGAAUGCAGCAAUGACGUGGUGCUGGGAAUGGAAGAAGACAAGAUGCUUUUUGUUGUUGUUGUGAUGAAGAGUUUUUGAGCUUAACAAGUUCAGUACUAUAAGUUAUCCAAAUAAAAUAUUGGC